AUGUGUAAACUCACCGUCCUUCAUUACUCGCAAUGCAACUGCGGUCCUCGAGACGGAAGCUACGAAGAUGGCUUCAUUGUUACAAAAGGCUGGCACAACCGACUGCUGCUUGAUUUCGAUACAGUUCCUCUUCGCCGCUGCACAGAAGCCAGGAACUUUGCACUGUGUCCCAGUCGAUCAAACACUAUGGAAUUUCCACGAUGCCACGAUGUCCAGGUCAAAACUGUUCGAUUCCAAGCGGAACCCUGCUUCCGAUGCUUUACUCGGCGAGAAAUAUCGAUAAGAACAGAGAAGAUCAAAGCUCUGAACGAACAACGCAAAGUCUUUGCAGAAAGAUUCGACGCUUCACAGAGGGCCAAAAUUGAAGAUGCCGACUUUACGAAAACUAUGCGGCAAACUAUAAAGGCAUCACCGCAGUUCGAUAAAAGAACCGAAAAGCAGAGAUUUUAUGGGACAAAAGCUGAGCUUAUUUCCAUGAAAUUUGGUUCUGUAAAAGAAAUGGUGCCAGAUUGGGAAGAAGGCUUGCGCAGGCAGCUUGCAUGUCGCAAGUUGGCACGCGAAAGGAGUACGGAGAUGAAAGCUGAAAGUGCUUCCAACGAAGAUAAAGAGCAGGUAGAGGUCAAGAAGCAGACAAAGAUGGCUUUACUCCAAGAUCGCCUUGCUCAGGUCAACAUGCUUGCGGCCUUCUCGGUACCGGUAGAGCGAGAGGAACCUUCAGCUACGGAGCAGAAUGCACCCAACCGAGACAAUUCUAUUCAAAGGCUACGUGUUGCUAGGCCAGCGUGUAAGCUAGCUCUGGAUGUCGGACUAAAGCUCAACGUAAUGGUUCCGUUCACAACUGUACAGAACAUGCACAAAGCAAAUUCAGCUCAGAACGCCUCUGCUCCCCUAAAAAGCUCUUUUGCAAAAGCAGUCACUACGCAGACACAGGAACAUCGGAUUUCAGGGAAUUCUCCAGUCAAAUACCACACCAUCAAUGGUAGAAUAGCGGCCGACGCCAAACCCUGGGCCGAAGAUGAGAAGAUUGGCGUCGAAUCGUCUUCAAGACCAAGAUCUUCUUCAAAUCAAAGCCUCAUGAUCGCAGCAGCAGCCGCUCCCGAGUUCAAACCUUUUCAACGGCCACCGCCAGCUGAGCCUCGAUUAAUGAGGGCUCCUACUGCCCCCCGAGCUAUGAGGGAAGGUAGCAUUCGACAGACGACAUGGCAGCCUCGUCAGCCAUGUACAUCUUUUCGUGGGUACGCGACUUAUCGUACAUGGCGAGGGUGA